GCCUGCCUUGUCAGGAUCUAGUCAAGGCGCUUGCAAUCUUUUCCCGACACACCGUUGUGUGUGCGCCAUAUUCCGCCCUUGCGUGUCUCAAAGAACGUGUUCGUGAGAGCUAGCCUGUUUUCCGUUGGAAAGUUCAACCGUAGAAUGCCAUUGUCGUUGAGCUCAUCCCCCCCGUACAUUCCUAUUACACUCCGUCCCCUCCGUCCAACCUAUAGCCCGUCCGCGCGUUGGCAUCCAGUAGGACAUACACACAUUCUUUGGAAGGGAUCCUCCGCACGAGACUGGCAAGUUUUCCCCAGAACACGCGCUUGCUGUCGGCGGUGAAGGUUCGGUUGGAGCAUAAGCGGCUACGAAAUUGACCGCUCCACGGUGGCCUGCCAACAGAAACCUCAUGGCCAUAAGGCGUUCGUCAAUAAAGUCCGUAGUGAACGUGGAUGUCUUGCACAGUGACUCUUUGACGGCUACCCCCACACCAUGGACUCCACCAGUCUCCGUGCCACAGCAGAACACCCGGAAACCCGCUGCUUGCUGCAUAUUCCGUUCGACCUACCCUCCGUGUCUCCUGCAUUCCUACCACCGAUACGUCUUGUCUCGCUGCCUCGUGUAGAACGCUGUAAGCUCGCCCGUAUCCAUUGGCCCCGUUUACAGCCAAAGCCUGCACAUUCCAGGCUGCGAGGAAACCAUCGAGGCCACCGUGCGCAAACGGAGACUGUGUUUCGCGGGCUUUGUUAUGCGCAUGGAGGACAACCGCCUCCCCAAGCGCAUGCUGUUAGGAGCGAUGGCGGGGGGCGUGGGAUACCGGGGCGGGCAGGAGAGCGACUGGGUGCCUCGUCUAGGAGAGGACCUCGUGGCCUUCAACAUGGGAGACGAAAAAAAAAAGGCGGGAAAUGGAAAGAGAGCUUCAAGGACCCGGAGGCGUGGUACAACAAGGUCGAGGACGGGGCGGCAUGGCUCAUGAGGAAAUGGCACAGGCAGGAG